CAAUUAUUGAAUAGGGAUCAUUAAGAAGAGUAAGUAUAGGUUGUAUAAUUAGUAGAAGAAGAGUAUGAAAUAAUAAUGGAUUGGGUGUUUUUUAAGGAUUUUGAUUUAAGUUGAUUUUAUUAUUAAGAUUAUAAAAAUGGAAAGAGAAGAAAGAUUCUUAGAGAUUUGCAAAGGUAUUCGUAGUUUGGAUGGUGAGAGUGUGAAUUCUACAAUAGAAUUCAUUGAAACUUCAUGUGCUAAAGAAUAGAGAGAUAUAGUUAGGAAAUUGUUGAGGAAAGGAUAUAGCAAUGCUUAAAUUUAUUCUGAGGUGAAUAGAGUAUUUGGAACACAUUCAAUUUUAAAAGUGUAUUGUUGGGAUGUUUAGGAUCCAAAGAAGUAUUUGGGAAUGGGUGUUGUAGGAUUAGGUAUUGGUUUUGGAAUAGCAGUUUUGAAGAGAGCAAUAAAGAAAUGAAAAAAAUAUAAUCAGAUAUAUUUAGUGUAAGAAAUCUUAAAUAAUUAAAGAAAUAUUAUUGAUCAUUAAUUAUAUUUUAAAAAAAUA